CUCGAUCAACUAUCUCAAAUCUUUGAUUGAAGGAUGAAAUGCAUGAUUUGAGGGGAAUUCAGAGGCGAAUAUUCGAUGCAGGCCGCAACGUGGGGAGUCGGAAGUCACUAGCGCAUGUGUUGCAUGAAUUUUUUUCGUGAAAAAACCACAGAAAGGAUCACAGGAUCAGUGUCAACGGGAGUUCAACGAUUUCUCCAGACUCAUAAAUUAUCUCCGAGGAUUGAGGGUGGACGUUAUCACCUGGUGGAGUGAUUUGUGAACGUUAUCAGUGGCCACAGACUGGUUUCAGAAAUCACAAGAUGAAUCGAUCGAUGACAGCGAAGGAGAUUCGCCAGGCCUACAUCGACUUCUUCAAGAGCAAGGGCCACGAGUACGUCCACUCGAGCUCGACUAUCCCUCAUGAUGAUCCAACACUGCUGUUCGCUAAUGCUGGCAUGAACCAGUUCAAGCCGAUAUUCCUGGGCACCGUGGACCCCAACAGCGACAUGUCCCGCUGGGUGCGCGUGGUGAACUCCCAGAAGUGCAUUCGCGCUGGUGGUAAACACAACGACCUCGACGACGUGGGUAAAGACGUGUACCACCACACCUUCUUCGAGAUGAUGGGCAACUGGUCGUUCGGCGACUACUUCAAGAGGGAGAUCUGCACGUGGGCCUGGGAGUUCCUCACCAAGGUCCUCAGCCUGCCAGGGGAUCGCCUCUACGUGACGUACUUCGGUGGCGACGAGGGGGCAGGACUGGCCCCUGACGACGAGUGCAAGGACCUCUGGCUCUCCCUGGGCAUUCCACCCUCCCACGUCCUCCCAGGCAGCAUGAAGGACAACUUCUGGGAGAUGGGGGAGACUGGGCCCUGCGGACCCUGCAGCGAGCUCCAUUACGACCGCAUUGGGGCCAGGGAAGCUGCUCAUCUCGUCAAUAUGGACGACCCUGAUGUCCUGGAGAUAUGGAAUCUCGUGUUCAUUCAGUUCAAUCGAGAGUCCGAUGGCAGCCUUCGCAGUCUGCCCAAGAAGCACAUUGACUGCGGUCUUGGACUCGAACGUCUGGUCUCGGUCAUUCAGGAUAAGAGAGCCAAUUAUGACACUGAUCUCUUCGUGCCCCUCUUCGAGGCCAUACAGGUGGGCACUGGGGCGCGCCCCUACGCGGGGAAGGUUGGGGCUGAGGAUGGCGAUGGCAUCGAUAUGGCUUACAGAGUACUCGCUGAUCAUGCUAGGACCAUCACCAUUGCUCUCGCUGAUGGUGGAAUGCCGGACAACACCGGUCGCGGCUACGUCCUGCGUAGGAUCUUGCGUCGAGCGGUGCGCUACGCCACCGAAAAGCUGAACGCAAAGCCGGGCUUCUUCGGUUCCCUGGUGCACGUGGUGGUGGACCUCCUCGGCGAGAUCUUCCCCGAGCUCCAGAAGGACCCGCAGUCCAUCGUGGACGUGAUAAACGAGGAGGAGAGCCAAUUCCUGAAGACCUUGUCCCGAGGGCGCAACCUCCUCGACAAGACCAUCACCAAACUGGAGGACAAAACAGUCCCCGGUGAUGUUGCCUGGCGGCUGUACGACACCUACGGCUUCCCAGUGGACCUGACGCAGCUGAUGGCCGAGGAGAAGGGCCUGAGGGUCGACAUGGCAGCCUACGAGGAGUCCAAGAGGCUCGCGCAGUUGGCCUCCCAGGGAAAAGCUGGUGGUGUUGACGACCAGAUAAACCUGGACGUCCACGCAAUCACGGAAUUGCAGAGCUCUGGGGUUCCCCCAACCGACGACUCCUGCAAGUACAAUUAUUCGACGUCUGCGGAGGCCUCGGCUGAGUACACCUUCGCCCCCUGCAGUGCCACGGUGAUAACCCUGAGGAGGCAGAAAAAAUUCGUGGAGGAGGCACAGCCUGGGGAGGAGGUUGGCGUCCUCUUGGACAAGACGUCCUUCUACGCUGAGCAAGGAGGACAGAUCUACGACGAGGGCUUCCUGGUGAAGUCCCCCGGGGGAAACGACGCAGAAGACUCUGCGGAGGUCAGGGUGACCAACGUCCAGGUCAGAGGGGGCUACGUCCUACACAUUGGAACGGUGGGGUCUGGGGUGUUGAGGAAGGGGGAUAAACUACAGCUGAAUAUCGACACCUCGAGGAGACGGCUGGUCAUGAGCAAUCACUCCGCCACGCACGCCCUCAAUUACGCCCUGAGGAGGGUUCUAGGCACAGAGGCCGAUCAGAAGGGCUCAUUAGUAGCCCCCGACAGAUUGCGCUUCGACUUCACGAACAAGGGAGCGAUGUCAGCGGCCCAGGUAAAGGACACUGAGAGCUACACCACCGAGAUGGUGAAGGACAACAGGAAGAUUUACGCCAAAGAGAGUAAACUCGCUGUAGCAAAGACGGUUAAUGGGCUCCGUGCGAUGUUCGAGGAGACGUACCCGGACCCAGUGAGGAUCGUGAGCAUGGGGGUGCCCGUGGAGGAGCUGGAGAAGGACCCCCUGGGGCCAGCAGGAACGACAACGAGCGUAGAAUUCUGUGGAGGGACUCACCUGCACUACACCGGGCACAUUGGGGACUUUGUGAUAGCCAGCGAGGAGGCAAUUGCCAAGGGGAUCAGGAGGAUUGUAGCUCUGACUGGGCCCGAGGCCACGCGGGCCCUGAAGAAGGCCGAGCUGCUGCAGAACAGGCUGAAUGACAUCCAGAGGGAAAUAAAUGGGGCUGAUUGCCUGAAGAAUGCCAAGGAAAGUGUCAGGAAGAUUGUGGAGCUGAACGACGACAUUUCUCACGCUGUCAUUCCCUACUGGAGGAAGGACGAGAUGAGAGUGCUGUUGAAGGGCCUGAAGAAGACUCUGGACGACGAGGAUCGUGCUGCCAAGGCCAGGCUUGCUAAUCUCGUCGUGGAGAAGGCUGCGGAGAUCAUUCAGAAUAACGUGGGGGUGCCUGUCCUCGUGGAGCAGCUGGAGGCCUUGAGCAACACGAAGGCUCUCGAUGGCGCCCUGAAGAAGGUCAAGGCACUGUCUCCAGAGACCAGCGCUCUGUUCCUCAGUGUCGACGAAGAGGCCAAGAAAAUUGUCGCUCUCAGUGCUGUUCCUAAGAGCGCUAUUGGGAAGGGGCUCAAGGCUAAUGAGUGGAUCCAGGCGAUCUCGCCGCUGAUGGGAGGGAAGGGCGGUGGCAAGGCUGAGUCUGCUCAGGCUUCUGGGGGGAAUGUGGGCGCUCUGGAGGAGGCUCUCAAAAUAGCUAGGGAAUUCGCUGAUAUGAAACUUGGGGCCUAGGGGGGCAGAGGUGGUCAACGCAUUUUCGAGGAUUUUGUACGUUCACAUUUUUUAUGAGAAAUAUAGAUUUCAAGUUGUUCGGCGCACGCUUGGCAUUUAUUAUUGGGAUUUCUUAUUGACUUUUAUGGCGCUCCAAACAGAUUUCCAUAAUUUUACUCCAGUUUUUAUUAAGUUAUUGGUUAAUAGCAUCUGUUGUUCAUUAAUGUGACACAUUUUUUUGAGUUAAUUAUGGAAUUAGAAGGCUGCAAGGCUGUUGAUGGUGGAAUUUAGAGAGAUCGAUCGAGACGUUUUCUUGGAUUUUAUAUAUUUCCUAUUUUACAUGAAAAAUAUAGAUUUCAAGUUACUCAGAA